AUGGGUUUCUUCAGGAACUGUUGGGAGAUGCUUUUACAUCUCCCGUUCUUUGCUCCGUUGGACACUGGCUUUGAGCGGGAUGGCUCGCAGCUUCCGCUCUCCUCCGGUCCGAGCGGUGGCGUUGUCAUAGCCCCGGAAAAUGCUUCGCCUGGCUUCACUUGUUCUUACCCAAACAUGGACGGCUGGGAGAGCUGCAAUACCCCUGACGACAGAAGCUGUUGGCUAAGAGACGCCAGAGCUAGUCAGCCCUUUUUCUCCCAGUACGACAUUCACACAGACUACGAGACUGUUUGGCCAACGGGUGUGACCAGAGAGUAUUGGAUCAAUGUCAAAGAACAAGUGCUCUUCCCCGAUGGGUACUCCAAGCCAUAUGGCAAAGUGGUCAAUGAUACCUUUCCCGGUCCCCUGAUUGAGGCUUGCUGGGGCGACGAAGUUGUCGUACACGUGACGAACUACCUUCAGUUGAAUGGCUCUACGAUCCAUUGGCAUGGCGUGAGACAGUUGGGCAGUAACGAGAUGGAUGGAGUAAAUGGAAUAACGCAAUGUCCCAUUGCAUAUGGCGACACGUUCACUUAUCGCUUCAAGGUUACACAGUAUGGAACCACGUUUGGGUCGGCGUUUAUCUUCAGCAUAGACGGACACAAAAUGAAGGUCAUAUCUACGGACUUCGUCCCCAUAGAGCCCUACGAGACGAAUGCAGUCCUUGUCAAUAUAGGCCAGCGCUAUAAUAUCAUUAUCGAAGCAAAUGCUGCGCCAGGUGACUACUGGAUCCGCACUGAGAUCCCCGGAGGACAAGGUGGCUGCGGUGGUGCUAUCGACGUGCACGGCAACAUCACAGGCAUUCUUCGAUACGACGCCAGCAGCACUGCGCUACCAACAUCAUCUAGGAACGACUAUCCGUCCGACUGCCAUGAUGAGCCGAAAGAAUUACUGCGUCCCGUUCUUCCUUGGACUAUUGACCCGCACCCGCAAAAUGACGUGCAUAAUAAUACAUAUGAAGCUGGAAUUUCUGAGGUCAGAUUCCACAACGCGUUCCGCUGGGAUCUGACCGACACUCCUAUGUGGCUGGAUUUCUCUAACCCCACGAUACUGAAUCUAGAGAACACAACAUGGAAUCCAGAAUACGCCGUCAUCGACUACAACUUUGACCGCGGCUUUGUAUAUCUCGUCAUUACCGCUAAUCUAACGCGACUGGGCGAAAACAAAACCGAGAUCCCUGCCGGCCAUCCCAUCCACAUGCACGGCCAUGAUUUCGCUGUACUGGCGCAGGAGAACCGCACGUAUGACGAGAGCCGCGACCCGAUCGAGACCUUCAAUCUGAACAACCCCCCUCGCCGCGAUGUCGUGUUCCUGCCUUCCAACGGCUUCGUCGCGUUGGCAUUCAAGCCGGAUAACCCGGGCAUCUGGCUGGUUCAUUGUCACAUCGCUUGGCAUGCUAGUUCCGGUCUCGCCUUGCAGAUUCUGGAACGGCAGCCGGACAUCCUUGACUCCAUUGGGACCCUGGAAGCUACGAACCGUACAUGUGACGGCUGGGACGCGUACGAGAAAGCUCACCCAAUCGACCAAGAUGACAGCGGUAUCUGA